CAGAUGAAAGCUCCAACCCCGAGGAGGCUGUCUUCAGUUGGGAUGAAUACCUGGAAGAGACAGGCUCUACAGCAGCUCCACACUCCUUAUUUAAGCACCUAUCAAAGAGAAAUACUCGGACUGGACGGAGUUCCUCAUACGUGAUUUGACAGGUUCCCGAACAGUGCCUACAAAUUUACUAGAAGGCCCUCUGCGAGGGAAAAACGCUGUAGAUCUCCUUACCCUGGAUUCCUUAAUAGAGCUGCAGGAUGGCCAGAGUCCCUUUCGGUUCUGGAUAGUGAGCGUGGUUGAGAAUGUCGGCGGACGAUUGCGCCUUCGCUACGCAGGAUUGGAGGAAACUGAUUCUUACGACCAGUGGCUGUUUUACUUGGAUUGUAGACUUCGACCGGUGGGCUGGUGUCAAGAGAAUAAAUACCAGCUGGAACCACCUGCAGUGGAGAAACCGGUGACUUGUUUGAUGGCGGCGGCGGUUAACGCUAAACCCCGGGUCCUCUUUAAACCAUGCUGA